UGUACAACGGUCAACUGGGGAGGUAAAAAGAUCCUGGGGCAAUGUCAAUAUUUUUACUUGUUUUUGCUUUUUAAAGAAAAUUUUUAUAGAAUCUAGUAGAGGUUUUUAUGGCGCUUGCAGCUGCAUUUGCUUUUUUUCCUCAAUUAUUUUUCAUGAUUGUAUUAUAACAAACCUAUGUAUGCUUCUUCAGUGCUACUUUGUAGGAAGGUGAUCGCCCCUGUGCUAUGAUGGCAGAGGGAUCAAGCCGCAGCAGUCAUGGAGAACUAGAGGAUCUUGAAGAAAAAAUCAGGCGGUUGGAGAGGGAAAAGAAUGACUUGCAACGCAGAAAGGAGCGGGAAGAACGUGAGAGAAGAUCAGCGCUUCAAAGAGAUGAUGCCUCUUCACCACGGGAUUCAGCUUCAGCUCCAAAAAGAGGCCAUGAUGAUGACAAUAGUAGAGAUAGAAAUCGAAGAAGUGCUGACAACUAUUCUGCUCAGCUGAGUUCAACAUUAGAAGAGUCACAGCUUCGACUGAAGAGUUUAUUCAACUCAUCUUUAGGUGGCGCCUCUAACUAUGAUGAUCCUCAAGAUGACACGUGUAGAUCUUCAGAUGAUGGAGAUGGUGAUGAUGUGAUGUCACAAAGACAUAAACAAAUUCUUCGAUCAAAUCGUGAUGUUCUUGUUGAGAACAUGACUCCAGAUGAUAUUUUCAAUGAUCUCAUUUCAAAGCACAUCUUCUCAAAUGCAGAUGUAAGCCGCAUCAAAGAAAGAAAUACAGUGGAAGCUAUAAAUGAGGAGCUCUUGAAUCUCUUAGUUCGACGAUCUGAUCGGGCAUUUCAUGUAUUUGUGGCUUCUCUUCGUCGCACUCUCCAAGGUUGGCUUGCCAACAGAAUAGAUCCUGCUGUUCCGGGAAAGAACAAGAGGAAAAGGAGAACUGGUGAAGUAAAUGUAAACGUGGACUGUCAAGAAGUGACCCCGUCAAGCAAAAAGAAGUACACCUGCACAUGCCAUGAGGUAGAGGAACAGAUUUUACAAAUGGCCAGAGGUGCUUUUGCAAAUAUAAGACGAAGAGAUACAAGUGCUUCUGCUCAUGAACAAUUUCGUAAAGAACUUCAACAGACCAAUGAUAUAAUUCGGGACUCCUUGGAAAUCAUGAACACUCUGAAAUUAUUAUGCAAGCAUGGAGAAUUGACAAACCUAUCAACAGGCAGCAUUCGUUUCACAAUACUCUGCAAGUCGUUGCUGGCGUGUCACAGUCUAUGGGAAGAGUACAAGUCUGGCCUAUUGUUAAGUACCUUCCAAGAAGGAUUUAUCACAAAGUCCUUGCUCAGAGCCUGUGGUGCCAAGAAGAUCAGCUUGAGAGUCAGAAUAGAUGAGGCUGACUACCUGCAAUGUGCUUUUGAACUGGGCUGUGCCAGUGAUGACAUACCGAAAGAAAAUCAACUAAGAGUUACUCCCGUAAAGUGUCGCCUUCGUCAAAGGCCAAGGAGGAAUUCAAACAGAUUGUACCAGUCUCAGGGUAGAGGCUAUUGUCAAAGUGUUGAUAAGGCAGCCCCAACAAAGCAUCGACAAGUGUUUAGAGAUAUGCCCACAAAUGCACAAAGUCCAGUGGUGUCGUUACCUCUAUCACGUUCCCAUUUGAAAUGUAUUGACUCUUCUGGAUGUGAAAACUGUUUAUGUAAUGAGUUUUCAAGCACAAGAAAAAAAGGGCUUGCUCCUUCAAAAAUUUGUGUAAGCCGUUCUUUGAGCUAUGGAAGAGAUGACUGCUGCCUGUAUAAUGGUUACGUGCCAUAUCCUCAAAGGUUGCAAGGGUCACUCAGGCCGAGUGAGACGUUGUUGGAGAGAAAAUUUCCUGCUUUCCUUCAUGGACAGAGUGCUUUUCAAAAGAGACAUUCAGGUAAAACGAGAAGGAAACAUUGCCUCAGUGGGAGGUCAUUGUUAGAGGAGAGAUCGCCCCAGUGCAGAUAUAAUCUACGACAUAGCCGUGUCCAACUUUAGCAUUAAAUAAAAAGAUUACGACUACCUUUUGUUUUAUGUGAAGCCUACAACUGUGUAAACUGUAUAAACUGUUAAUUGAUUUCUUUGCGCUGUGUAGGCCUGUGUUGAAAUUCAUGUUUGAGAAACUCAGAAGGGAUGCAAAUUUUACAAUCGAACAGAUCGCAUGUACCCACUUUGUUAAGAAUUGUAAUAUUAUUUCUUGCUGUUGAUGUAUUGUUUAGACAAGUCAUGUUUUGUUGCUUGCUCCUGAGAUUGUUUUGGUUUUGUUUUAAAAUUUUUGUCAAAAAAUAACCUAACACAUUACACCCUAAGGGCCUGGACGGGAAGUCCAUUGUUAGGUCCUAAGCAAGGGGAAAGAACCCA